AUGGUGUUAAUACUUUCACGUAUUUAUACAUUAUUACAACGACCAAAUAAAAAUACAAAUUCAUUAAAUAAUGAACAUGUUAAUAAAGAACAAACAAUAAUUGCUAGUUCAUCAAUAAUAUCAUCAUCAGAUAAUAUUCUUAUUGAACUUGUUGAAGAAUUAUAUGCACGUACAAAACAAUCAUCAACAUUACCAUAUGAAGCUUUACUUUUAUUACGUCCUUUAUCAUUAUUACUUGCACACAUUAGUUUUUUUUUUCGUGCUUUAAUUAAUGCACGUUAUUCAGCUAAAGUUAAGGAAUGGACUUUAUUAUCAAUGACAAAUAUUGCACAAAGAAAAAUCACUAUGUAUGGCUAUAUGGGAGUUAACUUGUCUUAUGUUAAGUGCAUGUCUAUCACAGGGUGUGGGUAUGGAUGAAGACAAGACCUAUAAUGAUAUCCACACC